UUAUAAACAACAGCUUAAUCACUAUGUGAAACAUGAUGGUACAGUACAGAUAUAAAAAUAAAUAAUGCACAACCAGUUGUAAACUUGUAAUGCCCCUUUACACAUAAGAAACCUCGCCAACCAAAUACCACUAAAAAUUAAGCACAUUGAGCAUUACAUUUUUCAUCAGGGUCUAGCUAGAAAAAACUAGCUACAACAAUGUCAGGUGAAUUAGUUGUUUUAGAUUUCUGGCCAAGUCCAUUUGGGAUGAGGGUUAGAAUUGCAUUAGCUGAAAAAGGAAUCAAAUAUGAAUACAAAGAUGAAAAUCUCAGAGUGAAAAGUGCUCAACUGUUGGAAAUGAAUCCAACUCAUAGGAAAAUUCCAGUUUUGAUUCAUCAUGGGAAACCCAUUGUUGAAUCUCUCAUUAUUGUUCAAUACAUUGAUGAAGUUUGGAAUGACGAUAAUCUUCUUUUGCCUACUGAUCCUUAUCAGAAAGCACAGGCAAGAUUUUGGGCUGAUUUUGCAGACAAAAAGAUUUAUGAACAUGGAAAGAGGUUAUGGAUGACUAAAGGAGAAGAGCAUGAGAAAACAAAGAAAGAUUUCAUAGAUUGUUUGAAGGUAUUAGAAGGAGAGCUUGGAAAUAAGACGUAUUUUGGUGGUGACCAAAUGGGGUUCUUGGAUGUGGCUCUAAUUCCUUACUACACUUGGUUCUACACUUAUGAGAAAUGUGGAAACCUUAAUGUAGAGGAAGAAUGUCCAAAGUUGAUGAGUUGGGUUAAAAAAUGUAUGGAGAAAGAGAGUGUUUCUCAAUCACUUCCUGAUCCAGUUAAGGUCUAUGAGGAACUCAAACAGUGGUAUCCAAUUGCCUAGACAGUUUCUUUAAUUUCCUGAUAUUUCUCAAGGGCUUCUGUUUAUCAUUGUUGCUUGGUAUCAUAUUUAAGUAUUUUGUUUAGUAAGACAUAUUUUGAUUUACCAUUGGUUUUUUAUUCGAAUAGAAAACUCUACACGCAUGGUAUUUUAUGGGCUUGAAUAAAUCCGCCUCGUUUUUGCAA